UGUGAGAUAUUGUGUAAUGUUUGCAAUAUUUUUCCUCUUGGCCUUAGCUUUACCAGCGAUAGCUGGUGAGGACGAGGGAGUUUGUCGGGUGCGGUAUCUUGAUACCCCAAUUGCUGCAAAAGACGGAGACUUCAUCAUCGGAGGAAUGUUCAAUAUAGGUCAGCUCGAGUACACAGACGAUGAUAACGGCACUAAAAUACCAGUUCAAACUUGCUCUUACACUGGGAUUAAAGAAUAUAACAUCCAGAAGGCCAUCGUCCUUAAGAUGAUAAUAGACAAAGAAAAUGAAAGAUUCAAGAGGGAUUUCAACAAGACUCUGGGAUACGAGAUGUAUGACACGUGCAUGAGUUCAGCUGUCACAGCAAGAGCCUCUGCUGCACUUGCUAGCAACAAAAAGGUUGUAGGAGUUUCUGGAGUCGACAGGAAAGAUUACAUCAAAGGAUCUGCCCAAGCCACAGCUUCAUUCCACAUCCCCACAUUCGUCUACAUGUUUAAUGAUGAUGAGUUGAUGACAGCUAGUACAUAUCCAACUCUAUUUUCCAUGAUCGACACGGAAGUCAAAGAAGCGGAAAUAACUAUUCGAUUCUUAGAAAAGAUGGGUUAUCGAUAUAUGGACAUUUGGUACCACAAAUAUUCUAAAGAUAUGGCCGAGCACAUAUACAACAGCUACGUCAAGAAAGUAGGAUGUGGACGAAUAACUGAUGUCACAUACAAAGAACACAUUCCAAGGAUAAAGCAAACCUACAAUGAAACUGGCCGAACUCCUUCACGGGUUCAACUCAUUCUCCAAAAUUCUAUAUCAACGUCCAAAGUGAUGCUACAAGAAAUGGUUGGUAACCUAGGAUUCAGAGAUAAAAUCUACAUACUUGGAUUAUCUAACGGGCGAUUAAGUUACCUGGACGACUACGCACAAAUCCUCAACAACUCUGGAGACAAUACUCUUAUACUUCAACUACCAGAUCUCCUCAAUAUUAAAAUGGAACAAACAUUAAAAGAUUUAAACAAAGAUUGGAGACAGGUUGACAAACGAGACCUCAUCGACAACAUCUAUGAGAAGGUACAGAGUUACAGAUGUCCAAAGGAUCAGGUCGAGCCAAAGAAUUGCAAACUUACCAGUUGGAUUCCCUAUAUGGUUGGAGGAGUUGAGCUGAUUCUAGAAUCUCUUCAUGCCAUUCUGGCAAAAAAUAAACAACCCAAAGAUGACUGUUUGAUGGACUACAGAACAGAGCUGUUCGAAGAAAUUUCCAAUGAGAAUAGAACGUUGAAUGUUACUCUGGAAAAGAAUGUAACACUACCCAUCAGGAUGUUCAACAAGACAGUCAAUAUGGGCUACAAGAUCGGGGUCUACAGAACGAAGACAGGCAAUUUCAGCACACUAGGAAGGGCAUUUUUUGACCGAAUAGAAGUCAGUGACGAAAAUCUUCUAGAAAGUAUAUCAGGUUACAACAAAACCUGUUCGCAUACCUGCAGGCCAGGCACCCAUCGCCUUUUUGACGAGAGUGUCCAAUAUGUACCCUGCUGUUGGACCUGUGAACCUUGCAAGCUUGACCAAUACAGCAUCGAAUAUAAUACCAAUUUGUGCAAAGCAUGCGAUCACUCUAUGUCAGCCAUUGAGAAUCACACUGCUUGUGUCUUGGCCCCAGAAAUAUAUAUUAGGCCAAAUUCAACAACAUUUAUUGUGGGAGCUUCGAGUAUGCCGCUUGGUAUAUCAAUGGUCAUUGUCUUCGGUGUUGUCAUCUUUAGACAUGAGGAUAGGCCAGUUAUCAAAGCUUCCGACCCAGGCUAUCUCUAUAUGGUUCUACUAAGCUUGCUGAUCGGGUAUCCUACGGCUUUGACUCCUCUUCUCAAACCUUCGACCGAAACUUGCUCAGCGGAGUAUUACUGCUUCGCAAUUUUUGCUACUUUGAUAUCUACCAACUUGCUCUAUAAGUGCGUUAAAGUUUACGAUAUUUUUGCUGCUGCCCAAAAUUUUUCGGCACCCAAGUUAGGUGUGUUCCUUAAGAAAACAGGCCAGACUGCCUUCAACUUGCUCACCCUGUCGAUAACAGUCAUCAUCCUUCUCAUUGACAGCUACACCGGAGGUGGACCCAGCUGGGCCUUUAAGAGGUACCAGGAAGCGCCUCAUAGACCCUGGUACCUAACGUGUACCAGCAUCAAUAGCAAGACCCUGAUAAUUCCAGUAGUUAUGCCAGGUCUAUCGUUCCUCAUUACCCUGGUCCUGGCAUUUAAGAUGAGGAAGUUUCCUCACAACUUCAGAGAGUCCCUCAACAUAUUUUGUGCCACAUUUGUGGUGCUGUUGUGCUCCAUCAUGUUCCUGGCAGGCUACGGUUUUUCUCCUCCAGAAGUUCGAGCUGUCCUGCGUGCUGUAGUGAUCUUCAUCACCUCAACAGCCUUCCUCUUCAGCAUCUACAUCCCGAAGAUUUACAUCCUUAUGGACAAGGAAGUAAACGUCGAAGAGGAAAGAAAAAAGAUUCGCGAGGGAGUAAAGCGCUAUUCAUCCGUGAAAGAAGGUCUUAGUCUGUCAGGCGUCGAAACAAAGGUCGCCAUCAAAAAUUGCAAUCGUAAAAGAUGAGAGGAGGGUCCUGUUGUAUAAUGUGGACAUUGAACUAAUAAAAGCACUGUUGUAAGAAUAUCAUUCUAUAAAAGCAAUGGUGACAGUUUAUAAAUCUUCAAGAACUGUUAGCACGAGUGACUCAUGUCAAGACCACUAUGCUCUCUUGCAAGUGUGCUGAUACACAUUUAAAUAUUGCUACAGUAAGACCAUCAAUACCAAAUUUUCCCAACAUACAGGAACAUUUAUCUCUUCGGCCCGUGGAGGGGCCCCGGUUUGUCCCUCCUUUACAGUAUCUUUAUACCUUUAUUAUUACU